UUUGGGGGUGCCUGGGGUAACCACCAGCACUUUAAACUGGGCCCAGAAAUGCAUAAGUGCCCAGUGUAGCUGGUACAGAACGAGUAUUAGGCGCUCCAACUCAAAACAUCUGGGCAGCUGAAUUUUACACUUGUUGUAGCUUCUGAACCAUCUUGAAAUGCAGUCCCAUGUAGAGUGCAUUAUAGUAGUCUAAUCUAGACAUAACCAGGGCAUGAAUGAGGCAAGGUUUGCUUUCUUGAGAUAGGAUUGAAGCUGGCAAAUCAGGCAAAGGUGAUAAAAAGCACUGCUGGUAACAGAUAGCACCUAUGUCUCUAGUGAUAGCACUAGAUCCAGGAGGACACCGCAGCCCAAAGUUCAGACUUGGUCUUUCUGGGGGAAUGCAUCCCUAUCCAGUACUGGACACACAGCUCCCUCCAGAUCAACAGAUUUUCUCUCCCACAGUAUUUCCAUUUUGUCUGAUUAAGUUUCUGUACGAACACAAUCCAUAGAUUGAAUCAGACUGUACCUAUCCGCCCAUUGUAAUUUUUACCAUAGGAAUGAAUCAUUGGAUGUUCCAAGAAUAAAACUUGUAAUUUGCAACUCUUCCUGUACAAAUUUAGGGAUUCUCAUAUAUAUUUUGAGGCUUGUUGCUAACUUUGUUGUAGCAAGUGGGUGUUAGAAAAUCAGAAAUGCUGUGUAGCAAUGCGCAGAAGAUCUAAUAUCUCUCUUACAUUAUUUUCCAUCAGAAUUUAAGGUCAAAUAGUUUAUACCAAGUAGAAUAAACCCUUUUGCCCUUUCCCCUGAAAGUAAAUUGAUUGCUAGCUUUUACUUUGAUGCAGUAUAUGCCUUUACUAUUCAAAUAAGGUUUCUGUUCUUGUUGCCAGGUUGUUACUGCAACGUGCCCUCUUUUUGACCUCAAUCACCAUUCAUAAAGUGAGAAAGACUUAAUGCCAUCUAAGACUAUCUGUCCUUUAGAAGGAUGGAUUUCAGGCUCUCUGGGACCGUAUAAUUUUUAGUGUGUACAGAGCAGCUUUCGCCAACCUGUUGACGUCCAGAUGUUUUGAACUACAACCUGCUGGGAGUUGUAAUCCAAAAAUCUGGAGGACAAGAGGUGGAUGAAGGGUGGUACAGAGUAAAAUUAGCAAGCCAGCACCAUUUUUCUUUCCAUUCCUUUCAGAUAACCCACCUUGUCCAACCUCUAGAUGCCUUUGAACUAUAAAUCCCAUAAUAUGUGACCCUUGUCCCUCCUGGCUGGGGCUCAUGGGAGUUGGAGGGUAACAUCUGAAGGGCACCAGCUUCCCCCUCUCCACCUUGCCUACUGCAACUAAAGUUGUAACCCACAGUACGCAGGUGAGAAAUUAUUGUCCGACGACCUGACCCACUAUGUUGUACCUGACUGGAAGGUGGUCCAAGAUUAUCUGGAGAUAUUGGAGUUCCUGGAACUCAGAGGGAUUGUUUUCAUGCAAACAGCAUGUCAAGCAAUGCAGCAUCAGAGAGGGCGCAGACAGUACAAUAAACUUCGAAAUUUGGUGAGGGACGCCCGCCAUGAUUGCAUUAUGUUUUUUAACGAAUUCCAGCUGCUUUCUUACUUGCCAAGAGAGAGGGGAGAAUCUUUGGAGAAGUGGCAGACAAGGAGUAUUUACAAUGCAUCCGUUUGGUACUAUAAUCACUUUGCGGGUCAGAUGCCCAUCGUCAUGGUAACAGAUGAUGAAGAUUCCAUCCAACAACUUGGAAGUGAAACGGAAGGUGUUUUUGUGAUUUCAUUCAAGAAUUAUCUGGACAACUUUUGGCCUGACUUAAAAGCUGCUCACGAGCUUUUUGAGUCUAUAGUGCACUCACGGCGUGAACGGGAGAAUGAAAGUCAAGAGAAUCACGGAAGGGAGUAUCCUGAACAUGUCCCUGUGGAAAUGCUGGAAGCAGGGAUCAAAUCAGGGAGAUACAUACAGGGGGUCCUGAAUGUGAAUAAGCACAGAGCUCAGGUUGAAGCAUUUGUGCGACUUCAAGGAGCCAGCAACAAAGAAAAAGAUCUCAAAAAUGACGUCCUCAUUUACGGCACCAAAGCUCGGAACAGAGCAAUUCAUGGUGAUGUGGUAGCAGUUGAAUUACUCCCCAAAAGCGAGUGGAAGGGACGGACUGCCGCCCUUUGUGAGAACGAGACCGAAGACAAGACUUCUGGGGAGGUUUACGGUGAACCUAUGCCCACAGGUAAAGUCGUUGGCAUCAUACAGAAGAACUGGCGUGAUUAUGUGGUCACAUUUCCAUCCAAAGAAGAGAGCCAGUCACAUGGCAAAAAUGCACAGAAAGUUCUUGUGACACCUUGGGAUUACAGAAUCCCCAAGAUCAGAAUUAGCACGCAGCAAGCUGAAGCUCUACAGGACUUCCGGGUCAUCGUGCGUAUCGAUUCUUGGGAGUCGACAUCGGUGUAUCCAAAUGGGCAUUUUGUGCGUGUUUUAGGGCGGAUAGGAGAUAUUGAGGGAGAAAUUCAGACUAUCCUGGUGGAAAACAGCAUCUCUGUGAGUCCUUUCUCCGAAGCGCAGAUGUGUGAGAUGCCAGUUGUUAUCCCGGAGAAGCCAUGGAAAGUGGCUCCAGAAGAAGAGCUCAAGCGUGUUGAUCUGAGGGAUACCCACUUAGUCUUCAGCAUUGAUCCAAAAGGCUGUGAAGAUGUGGACGACGCCCUGUCCAUUAGAACCCUGCCUAAUGGAAACCUGGAGCUAGGUGUUCACAUUGCAGACGUGACUCACUUUGUGGCUGCAAAUUCUUACACAGAUAUUGAGGCAAGAGCAAGGGCUACUACUUACUACUUAGCAGAUCGUCGUUACGACAUGCUGCCUGCCAUCUUGAGUGCCAACUUAUGUUCUCUUCUUGGGAAUGUUGACAGGUACGCUGUGAGUGUCAUUUGGGAACUUGAAAAAACUUCCUAUGAAAUAAAGGAGGUUUGGUACCACAGAACCAUCAUUCGCUCUUCCUACAAACUGUUUUAUGAGGCGGCCCAGGCGUUGCUGGAUGGAGACUUGGCAGUGGCCGAUGAAAUUCUGGAGCUCAAAGAUAUGGGCGAAGAUACAAGGAAACAGAAGUUAGACGAGCUGACCUGGGCCAUAGGGAAGCUGACCGAGGUAGCCCGGCAUAUUCGCGCUAAGAGAGACAGCUGCGGAGCGCUGGAAUUGGAAGGAGUAGAGGUCAGAGUGCUACUGGAUGACAAAAAGAACAUCAAUGACCUCAUCCCCCGGCAGCCGCUGGAAGUCCAUGAAACGAUUGCCGAAUGUAUGAUUCUCGCAAACCAUUGGGUGGCCAAGAAGAUAUGGGAGACUUUCCCUCACCAAGCCCUCCUGCGCCAACACCCACCCCCACGGCAGGAGUUUUUUUCAGAGCUCCGAGAAUGUGCUGGGACAAAAGGCUUCUUCAUAGAUACACGGUCGAACAAAGCAUUAGCUGACUCCCUGGAUAAGGCAGUUGACCCAUCCGAUCCCCUGGUGAAUAGGCUGCUGAGAUCUAUGGCCACACAGGCAAUGUCUAACGCCUUGUAUUUUUCAACUGGCUCUUGCCCCAAAGAAGAGUUCUUUCACUAUGGUCUUGCUCUGGAUAAAUACACCCACUUCACUUCACCAAUUAGAAGAUAUGCUGAUAUCAUAGUCCACCGGCUGCUGUUGGUGGCCACUUCGAAAGGAGAUAAAUCAGGCACCAAGGAGAACUUGCUUAGCAACAAAGAACUUGAAGAGCUAUGUAGACACAUCAACAACAGAAACAGGGCCGCCCAGCAUGCCCAGAAGCAGUCCACUGAACUUUUCCAGUGUAUGUACUUCAGAGAUAAGAGUCUUGACGGAGAUGAGCAGUGCACAGCAGACGGGAUUAUCUAUUCAAUCCGAACGAACGGCGUGCUUGUCUUUGUGCCAAGGUAUGGAAUUAAAGGGGCAGCCUAUCUGAAAAAUAAGGAAGGGUUGGUCCUCUCUUGUCAAGCCGAUGGGAGCUGCAAAUGGAAACCUGGUUGUCUCCAGCGCUUUCCUAGCAAAAUUAUCUCUGCUCCCACAGCUGAGGAUUCUGUUACUCUGAACCUGUUUGACCAUGUGGCGGUAAAAAUUUCCGUACAGAGUUCUCGUUGCCAUACCGAUCGCAUUCAGUUACAUAUAACAAGCUGCAAGCCUUACAAGACACCAGAGUUGGAACUGUCUCAAAGUCCCCACAUAUCUAGAACAGACUUGGUACGGGAAGUAACGAAGACUGUGGAGGAGGCCCAGCUUGCUCAUGACAAGGCCAAAACAAAGAUGAUAGAGGAAGAAUAUGAGGAGUAUCGCCAGACGCAGGGUGUGAGCCUGUAUCAUUUGUUGGAGGAAAUCAAGGAGUUGGCCUUAUUGGAUGUAUCUGCAUAGUGGAGCAUGAAAGCUCUCGUGCAAGUGCUGUUCCUUUGGCCUGUCCUAAAAAAAAAUUCUAAUAUUUCUAAAUGUGUUAAGUUAUUUCAGUCGGCUCGGCUUUUGGUAAAACAUGGUAUGGGCAGCUAUACAUUAAAACACACUUGUAGCCAUGGAUGGUAAUGAAAUAGCACUUUGCCUUCUGUGAAUUGAGUACAUAAAAUGGCAAAUAUUUCAAAGUACCUCAGGGAAUAAAUAAUAAUUUGAUAUGACAACUAAGUAGCUCUUUAAAAUUCUACUCUCUGAUAAUGGAAGGGACUAUACAGCAAAAGAAUGUUAAGCGCUUCCUAUUAAUUUAUAUCCAGUAUUUAGUUAGCAUUUUGGUUGUUUUUUGUUUUCACUACCAUUGAGUUGUACUCAAAUGUACCUCCCGAAUUACGAAACCAUUGUCAAAACUUUUGAAUAGGAGGCAUCAUGGCGCGCACCACAGAGUUCCUGAGGUCAGCCGGCAGAUCUAGACUGCCCGGGCGGCUCCUGAGCCGCCGCCACGCGAGAGCCGGGAGAGUUCGGUGAACCGAUUGAGGGGCCGCCCCCUCAGUGAGUGUUUCGGGCCGGAAUUGAGGGCACCCGGUCGCCGGUCAGAUAGACAAUCCACACACACCCAACUCCCCAUCCCACCCAUCCCUUUCCCCCUUCCUCAUAAUGUCUCAACAAGUAAAAUUGAUGUGUACAAAUGAUACACGGGAGGAGGAGGAG